UCAUUAGUUUGUUUCACAGGAGCUUCUGCUGAUUGUAAUAACAAUACACGUCGAUUCAUCACUGCACCAAAAGAGAUGGAAGCACUGAGUGGAUCUUGUUUGCAAAUUCCAUGUAACUUCAGCGUGAAAUCAGGAGAGAAAAUCAACAGCAGAACAACAACAUUUGGAGUGUGGAUUAAAAACUACUCUCAAUUUGGCAUGUUUCCAAAUAAUGUGAUUUUCAACAGUAGUGGGACAGUUUCCACAUAUCCGAUGAGUUUUACUGGAGACUUGAGUCAGAAAAACUGCACCACUUUAUUUUCCAGUUUAAAGACAACAUACACAGGAAAAUACUACUUCAGGGUUGAGAACGAAGCAUUUCGAGCAACAGCUGCUUGUGAUCCUCUUCAAAUAACAGUUAAAGAUUCUCCUCCAAAGCCCAGGAUUGAGAUCUCAGGUGAUGUGAAGGAGAAGGAGUCUGUCUCUAUCAGCUGCUCAGCUUCCACUCCCUGUCCACACUCUCCUCCUCAACUCACCUGGAACCUCCAACCAGACUCUCACCACAUGAUGGAGGAAAACACAGAUCGAACCUUCACAACUAGAAUCCAGAAGAGCAUCACUCUGUCACAUGAACAUGAUGGAUUCAUCAUCAGCUGUUCUGCCAGAUAUCCUGUGAAUGAAGGAAAAUAUGUAAAGACGUCAGAGGAGAGAAAGACUCUCAAUGUUUCAUAUGCUCCCAAGGACACCUCGGUGUCCAUCUGUCCAUCAUGUCGGGUGUCAGCAGGUAGCCGGGUGAACCUGACCUGCUCCAGCAGAGCCAAACCUCCUGUGAGCCGCUUCACCUGGUUCAAGACCAGCAGAGAUGCACCAAUCAAAGUAUCUGAAGGAGACUUUUACAGCUUCAAUGUCACUGAUGGAGGAGUUUAUUACUGUGUGGCCACCAAUCAGCUUGGUGAUCAAACAUCAUCAGAAAUCCAUCUGACUAUAGAAGGUGACUAAUAAAGGUACUUCAUUCUUGGAGGAAUCAUUGGGAUCAUCGUGCUCAUCGGCCUGGUUUUUGUUUGGUCAGUAGCAUCAGUAAAGAAUGUGUCUCCAAUGAAAUGUGGUCUUUUUUUGGUACUCUGUACAGUGACAACAGAAGAAGGAGACGUCCACUAUGGAGAGAUUAACUUCUCGAGGCUCAGAUCUGGACCGUCCUCGGUCUCGGAGCAGGACGGUGGACAGCAGGAGGACACUUUGUAUGCGCAGGUCAAAGUGUCCAAGGCAGCAGACAACGUCACACGGACUGCUGACGUCCCAGAGGAUCUCUACGCUCAAGUGAAGAGAAAAUGAGCCUUUUCUUGUCGUCACAUUUGGGUUUUAUUGUUAAGAUGCUUUUUACACAAAUAACAAGCUUCAUAUGUCAGUUUAUGGAGAAAAAGAAUAGUGAGAAAAUGUAAUCUUCACUGCUCACAGUUAAUUAAAGAGGAACUUCAAACCUCCACACCCUGCAGCUCAGGUAGUUAAUUUCUUCAUACUUUUGACACCGUAAGGUUUGUGUUUAUCAGAUCGGUACAAAUAAAAGUCCCACGGCUCUAAAUAGAGAAGUAUUCUAAAAGAAGACGCUGUUCAUAUAUCAUCAUGUUUUAUAACAGGAUUUUAACUUUUUCUUUGUUGCAUUUUUUAAAAGGCUUCUUUAAACCUUAUUUAUUAAAGUUUUUUUUACAUCUUCUGCAUUAACCACGUUUUAUUGUACUAUUUCUUCUUCAAAAGACAAUAAUUUACUGCAUUUCAAGAUAUGUAUUAAUAACAAGGUAAUAAAAACCAUAUAUCUCA